ACCGUUGGGGUGGGGCCCGUUGAAGUUACAAGGUAACCGUUAAACAUUCAAAAAAAUUUAAGGUAAAAAACUUCCACAAACAAUGUUGUGUGCUUUUUAGGCCAUUUCUCUUAUAAUCCCAAAAUCUCAAACAAAAAUUCACAGAGAACAGAGAAGAAGACCCAACUACUCAUCAAUGGGCUGCGUUUCAUCGAAGCUCUUCAAAAAAGAGCUUAAUCGAGAUAUCAUACUCAACAAUGGCGGCGACUACAUGAACCAUGUAGUUUCUCUUACAUCAACCACUUAUGGGGUUCUCAAUCUCGACAAUGGGAAGCAAAUGGUUAAAGACUCUGUUGCUGUUACAACAGAGACUAAUAAGAAAGUUGAGAGGUCAUCACCGAUUCGAGAAAACAAGCCAGAGGUUAUUAAUGCUUGGGAGCUUAUGAAGGAUUUAGAAGAAGGAAUGCCCAUUUCGAAUCAAGUAAAGAAGAGUCCGAAAACUCGUGCUGUUCUUCUUCGUGGGUUGGCUGAUAUGGAUGCGAAGAGUCCAAUGAAGUUCUUGAAUCAGAUUGGUUCGCCGAGAAAGUCGAAGAGUGUUGGAGCAGCAGUAGGAGGAGGGAAUAAAGAGAAUAAUAACAAAAAGGGUUUUGGCACUGGUUAUGUGGGUCGGUCUGAUUUUAGUCCCAAAGGGGUACUUAAAGUGAGGAAUUCUUGUGAGAAAUCUUGUAAAGCAGUGUUGAGUUUGAGUUUUCAGGCAAAAGGGUCUCCGAAAAGGGAAAGCUUUAGUCCUCUUUUUGAUCCAGAUUUAGUAGCUUCUUAUGAGAAAGAGUUGAAUGUUGAAGGAGAGCAAAUCAAGAGAAUGGUUUCUCCAUCGCCUAAUAAAGCUCGGAGAAAGAUAAUGACUUUGGAGAAGAAUGGUAAUACUACUAAUCUAAUACAAUCUUUCACUAAGAAUUGUCCACCUGGGGGAGAAAACUCUGUGGUGGUUUACACCACAACACUUAGGGGAAUUAGGAAAACUUUUGAGGAUUGCAACAAAGUUAGAUCCAUAAUCGAGUCUUACCUCGUCCAUGUGAUUGAGCGCGACAUAUCGAUGGAUUCGGGUUUUAAGGAAGAACUUAGGAAGCUAAUGGGGACAACACAAGUGAAAGUUCCAUUGGUUUUUGUCAAAGGCCGAUUGAUAGGAGGAGCUGAAGAGGUGAUGAAGUUGGAGGAAGAAGGAAAGUUGGGUGCUUUGUUUGAUGGUAUACCUCAAAUUGCUUUAGGGGGAAGUUGUGAAGGUUGUGCUGGAUUUAGAUUUGUUAUGUGUAUGGCUUGUAAUGGGAGUUGUAAGGUUUUGGAUGAGAAGCAGAAGGUGCAGCAGAGGAAGAUUGUGAUGGUGAGAUGUGGUGAGUGUAAUGAGAAUGGUUUGGUCCAUUGUCCCAUUUGUUGUUAACAUCUUGAUUUGGCUUGGAAUAUUGGUUUUGGCAAAUGGGGUUUCUAAAGUGGGUUUUAGGCCUCUUUCUUUCUGUUUUAGUAUUAUGAUUUACACGUUUGGUAACAUUUGUUGAUGUUGGGAAUGUUACUUGUAGUAUUGAUUAUUUGAUUUGUAAUAUAUCUCUUCUUCCAUGUAUUUUGGAAGAAUUAUAUAUGAAAAUGAAUUUUCUAUCAAAAAAAAAAAUAAAA